ACAAAUCAACUGACAGUGACAUGUGAAACUGCUCACUAUUUUCCUUUUAGUUUGUUUUCUUUUAUUUCACCAAAUUUCUUAUGAAGUUGUGAUAAAUAAUUGAAAAUGAGCCAAAAUGUACACAUUACUACAUGGUUUUUAUAAAUACGUUGUUCAGAAAGACGAGUUCUGUGUGCUCAUCUUAGGUCUCGACAAUGCGGGGAAAACGACAUAUUUGGAGGCCACAAAAACGAAAUAUACUAAGAAAUAUAUAGCAAUGAAUCCUAGUAGAAUAACUACGACUGUAGGUCUAAACAUAGGAAAAAUAGAUGUAGAUGGUGUAAGACUUAACUUUUGGGAUCUCGGAGGUCAACAAGAACUCCAGUCCUUGUGGGACAAGUAUUAUGCUGAAUGCCAUGCUGUUAUUUAUAUUGUUGACUCCUCAGAUAAAGAUAGAGUAUCAGAAUCGAAAGAUACCUUUGAUAGAAUGAUAGCAUCAGAGCAUCUAACCGGUGUUCCACUGCUAGUGCUAGCAAAUAAACAGGACAUUCCAGACUGUAUGGGUGUGCAUACAGUCAAACCUAUAUUUAAUCAAAAUGCCCAUCUCAUCGGUGCAAGGGAUAUAAUGCUCAUGGCCACAUCGGCUUUGACUGGUGAUGGAGUGGACGAAGGCAUAAGAUGGCUUGUGGACUGUAUAAAAAGGAACAGUGUUGAAAGGCCACCGCGAAACCACGACGACAAUCUGUAAAGCGAUUCGGUUACGACAUGUACCAUAUUUAUAAUACAACAUUCGCAAUCGCAAUGAAUAAUAAUUAGCUUUCCUAUUAAGAUAAUGAUGUGACGCGACCCAUUGUUUUGUACAUACAAUAUUGACAAUCGAAAAUAAAACAUUAAAUGUA